AUGGAGCUGUCCGAGGUCCGGUGCUCCAGCGCCAGCGAGGAGCUGUACACAAUCAACAAGACUCCGAGCAGCAGCAACAACAGCAACAGCAGUGGCAGCGGCAGCGCGCGACCCAAACGGCUGCUGUGGCAGAACGCGGUGCGGCACAUCACCGAGCAGCGGUUCAUACACGAGCAGGGUGGGGGAGGCGGAGGAGGGGUGAAGGGCAUCGGGCCGGACGAGCCCUACGACCCGAGCCAGGGUCCGCGGAAGCAGUCGGCGGGGCGGACGUCGGUGGGAGACCGGCACAACAACGGCGGGACCAAAGUGUUCCCGGAGCGCGCCAGCAGCGACCUGGGAUUCCUGCAGAUCGACUGCGCGCCGAGCAACUCCGACUUCUUCCUGAACUGGGGCUACACGUACCGGGGUGUCAUCUUCCCCACGCUGCGGAACGCCUUCAAGUCCCGCGACCUGGAGCGGCUGUACCAGCGCUACUUUCUGGGCCAGAGGCGCAAGUCUGUGGUUGUGAUGAACAUCCUGGAUGUGGUGACCAAGCUCACCCUGCUGGUGCUGCACCUUACCCUGGCCUCCUCCCCGAUGGACCCGAUCAAAGGGACGCUCCUGGGCUUCUUCACGGGCAUCGAAGUAGUAAUUUGUGCCUUAGUGGUGGUGCGGAAGGACACCACGUCGCACGGCUACCUGCAGUACAGCGGCGUGGUCACGUGGGUGGCUAUGGCCACGCAGAUCCUGGCGGCCGGGCUGGGCUACGGGCUGCUCGGUGACGGGGUGGGAUACGUGCUGUUCACCCUGUUCGCCACCUACAGCAUGCUACCGCUGCCGCUCACCUGGGCCAUUCUUGCCGGUCUGUUCACCUCGGGGCUCCAUAUCCUGGUCCAGCUGCUCAUCUCCCACAAUGCACAGCUGUCUACCAACCAGGUAGCGGCUCAGGCUGUGUUGUUCCUGUGUAUGAACACCGCUGGGAUAUUCAUCAGUUACCUGUCGGACCGGGCACAGCGCCAGGCCUUUCUGGAGACGCGGCGCUGCAUCGAGGCUCGACUGCGACUCGAGACAGAGAACCAGAGACAGGAGAGACUGGUGUUAUCAGUCCUGCCACGUUUUGUAGUUUUGGAAAUGAUCAACGACAUGACAAAUGUAGAGGAUGAACACCUCCAGCAUCAGUUUCACAGAAUCUACAUCCACCGCUACGAGAAUGUCAGCAUUCUUUUCGCAGAUGUUAAAGGCUUCACAAACCUCUCCACGACGCUGUCCGCGCAGGAGCUGGUGCGAAUGUUGAAUGAACUCUUUGCACGCUUCGACCGCCUCGCACACGAGCACCACUGUCUACGAAUAAAGAUACUGGGAGACUGUUACUACUGUGUGUCUGGUCUUCCUGAGCCCAGACAGGACCACGCCCACUGCUGUGUGGAGAUGGGCCUCAGCAUGAUCAAAACCAUCAGAUACGUCAGAUCGCGUACGAAACAUGACAUUGACAUGCGCAUCGGGAUCCACUCGGGCUCGGUGCUCUGCGGCGUGCUGGGACUCAGGAAGUGGCAGUUUGACGUCUGGUCCUGGGACGUGGACAUCGCCAACAAGCUGGAGUCUGGAGGGAUCCCAGGGCGGAUCCACAUCUCCAAAGCCGCUCUGGACUGUUUAAACGGAGACUACGAGGUGGAGGAGGGCCACGGGAAGGACCGCAACGACUUCCUCCGCCGCCACAACAUCGAGACGUACCUCAUCAAGCAGCCGGAGGAGAGUCUGCUCACGCUGCCCGAGGACAUCAUGAAGGAGGCGGCCAGCUCGGCCGACCGCCGCGCCAGCAGCGCCACCUUCAACGAAGCGUCUUGGAGCCCCGAGCUUCCCUUCGACAACAUCGUGGGGAAACAGAACUACUCCCAGAUGAGGGACGAGGUGUUCAAGUCCAACCUGGUGUGCGCCUUCAUCGUGCUCAUCUUCAUCACGACCAUCCAAAGCCUGCUUCCCUCUGCCAGGAUGGUUACCAUGGUGAUCCAGUUCUCCGUCCUCAUCGUCCUCCACUCCUGCCUGGUCCUAGUUACUACAGCGGAGGACUACAAGUGUCUGCCUCUGGUCCUGCGAAAAGCCUGCUGCUGGAUCAACGAGACCUACGCUGCACGGAACGUCAUCAUCUUCGUCUCAAUCCUCAUCAACUUUCUGGCGGCCAUGAUCAAUAUACUGUGGUGCGACUUUGACAAGUCCAGCACCUUCAGGAACCAGACGUACAACGAGUCAGCCUCCAUCCCAGACAUCUGCUUCUACCCAGAGUAUUUUGUGUUUACGGGGGUCCUGGCGAUGGUGACGUGCGCGGUUUUCCUGCGGCUGAACUCGGUGUUGAAGUUGGCGGUGCUGCUGGUGAUGAUCGCCAUCUACUCGCUGCUGACCGAGGCUUUCUAUACUUCGCUGUUUGUCCGUUACGACACCGUCCACCACAACACAGAAAACUUCCUGGGAACUAAAGAGACGUCGUUGCUCCUGAUGGCCAUGUUCCUCCUCGCAGUGUUUUACCACGGCCAGCAGCUGGAGUACACAGCCCGACUGGACUUCCUGUGGCGCGUACAGGCCAAAGAGGAGAUCAACGAGAUGAAGGAGCUGAGAGAACACAACGAGAACAUGCUGAGGAACAUCCUGCCCAGCCAUGUGGCCCGCCACUUCCUGGAGAAGGACCGGGACAACGAGGAGCUGUACUCACAGUCCUACGACGCUGUGGGCGUGAUGUUCGCCUCCAUCCCGGGCUUCGCCGACUUCUACUCCCAGACCGAGAUGAACAACCAGGGAGUCGAGUGCCUGAGGCUCCUCAACGAAAUUAUUGCCGACUUUGACGAGUUGCUGGGUGAGGAACGGUUUCAGGACAUCGAGAAGAUCAAGACGAUCGGGAGCACCUACAUGGCCGUGUCCGGUCUGUCGCCUGAGAAACAGCAAUGUGAAGAUAAAUGGGGUCACCUGUGCGCGCUGGCCGACUUCGCCAUCGCCCUCAACGAGAGCAUCCAGGAGAUCAACAAGCACUCCUUCAACAACUUUGAGCUGAGGAUCGGUAUGGCUCACGGCUCGGUGGUGGCGGGUGUGAUCGGUGCCAAGAAGCCGCAGUACGACAUAUGGGGGAAGACGGUGAACCUGGCGAGCCGGAUGGACAGCACGGGCGUGAGCGGCAAGAUCCAGGUGCCCGAGGACACCUACCUGAUCCUGAAGGAGCGCGGCUUUGCCUUCGAGUAUCGCGGCGAGAUCUACGUGAAGGGCAUCAGCGAGCAGGAGGGCAAGAUCCGAACGCACUUCUUGCUCGACCGGGUGCAGCCCAACCCGCUCAUCCUGCAGCCGCGCAAAAUCACCGGCCAGUACUCGCUGGCGGCCGUGGUGCUCGGCCUGGUGCAGUCUCUCAACCGGCAGAAGCAAAAGCAGAUCCUCAACGAGAACAACAACUCGGGCAUCAUGAAGGGCCACCACCACUACAACCGGAGGACGUUGUUAGCGCCCGGUGGCUCCGAGGUGGGAGGGGGGCAUCACGUCGAAGCCGCUGAUAAGACUGAGCUGUCCUGA